UUCCUCUUGGGCUGCUCUCAGAAUCAAGCAUUUUGAGACGGUCCCUUGGCUGGACAAUGAGAGGCAGAAAGGCAUGGGCGCAUGCGCAGAGCGUGAGGGUGAGGUUACUUAGGGUACUAGAGGAGCAGGUGCUUUGCCAGGAGUUGGUGAGUUCGAGCCCCGCUUGCAGCCAAGUCAAGUUGUGCAGCACCAGAAGUGGGAUGGCAGCACAGUGCGGACAGGGGGCCCGGGUGCGGACGGUGCUGGGGGCCAUGGAUUUCGGACGGAGGGCCAGCGAGGAGACCAGCGAGGCCAUGCUCAAAGCUUUCCUGGCUCGUGGACAUCGCGAGGUGGACACCGCACAUAUUUACGCCAAGGGCGAGUCGGAGCGGAUCCUGGGCGACCUCCUGGCCAAGGACCCCAAGACGGCGAGAAGCAUCACAGUGGCCACGAAGGCGAAUCCGUUGGAGACCAACAACCUGAAAGCCGAGACCAUCCGCGCGCAACUGGAGGCCUCUCUCAAAAGGCUGCAGAUGAAGAGCGUGGAUAUUUUCUACCUCCACCUUCCUGACCAUGGGACCCCCAUAGAAGAGUCCCUGGCGGCUUGCAACCAGCUGCACAAAGAGGGGAAGUUUAAGGAACUGGGCCUCUCCAACUACUCUUCUUGGGAGGUAGCAGAAAUCCGCACCCUUUGCAAAGCCAACAACUGGGUGCUACCCACGGUUUACCAGGGCAUGUACAACGCGACCACGCGCCAAGUCGAGACGGAGCUCCUUCCCUGCCUGCGGCACUUUGGGAUGCGAUUCUACGCCUUCAACCCUUUGGCCGGGGGAUUUCUGACCGGGAGGUACAAGUACGAAGACAAAGAUUCGAACCAGCAACCGGAUAGCCGUUUUUUUGGCGAUCAGUGGGCCCAAGUAUACAUGGACAGGUACUGGAAGAAGCACCACUUUGAAGGGUUGGCAUUGGUAGAAAACGCUCUCCGCGAAGCCUACGGUUCGAAUCCUCCCAGCCUCACCUCCACCGCCUUGCGCUGGAUGUAUCACCACUCAAAGCUGCAGGGAGACCGUGGGGAUGCUGUGAUCAUUGGGGCUUCCAAACUGGAGCAGCUGCAAGAGAACCUCAAAUGCUGUGAAGAGGGCCCUCUCCUCCCAGGAGUGGUCGAAGCCUUUGAGAAAGCCUGGCACCUCACAGCCCACGACUGCGCAAACUAUUUCCGCUGAGUGUGAAUUGUGCAUCCAAUUGACUGGAAACAACGUCUUCACGCUCUUAUAGUGCCUCACCACCCUUUGCCUUAAUCGAGGACCCUUUCUAUCAUGGGACUGCAACUCCCAUCAGCCCUGGCUAGCCCGGCUGUCACGGCUCUCCUGCUUCUGCCUUAAAUCAGGAACGUACUUUUUCCCCCUGCAAAUUUUGUGACCCCCCCUUCUAUAUCCGCACUGCACAUAUAAACCAGUUUCGCACCACAUUUAAGCAUUGUGGCUCCAUGCUGUGGGAUUCAGGGAAGCAUAGUUUCUUGUGGCACUAAUGCUCUCCAGUAGAGAAGGCCAGAUGUCUCCCGGAACAACAAAUCCCAGGAUACCAUCGCAUUGAGCCAGGCCAGUUAAAGCGGUGUCAAAACUGAGUUAUUUCUGCAGUGCGGAUGCAACCAGGCUCUUCCCUUGCAAGGUGGUAGGUUUUCUCUUUGCAAUCUGUCUGUUGCAGAUGAAACCAUAUUCUUUCAUAUAGUAUCCCAUAUAUAUAUAUAUAUAUAUAUAUAUAUAUAUAUAUAUAUUCUUUAUAUUCAUAUAUUUUUCAUAUACAGUAGUAUCCUAUAAUAAUGCCUAAUAAUGUCUAAUAUUUGUUUUUUUAUUCAAUCUUUAUACAAAUUUAUAACAACAAAUUCAACACAUGUCUUUGAAAUCAGAUUGGCGAUUGAUAUAAAAUCGGUCCCUCUCCCUCAGUUUCAUUGUUGAAUGACGAAAUAUGAAAAUAUAGUUCAAUUGCACAGCAUGAAAA